GUUGCUGCAAAAGGCGGUCGGGAAAUUGAUGGCAGAAUCUCCAGCGCGAGCGACGCGACCUUGAUUUGGAACAUGCGAUAGGUGGUGCUCAAACUUCCAACAGCUCUUGGUGAUCCAUCACCUUGGCUUCAGACUAUCCAACCCAUACCAACAAAAUGGACGACUUGGAGUCCCUCGAGCUGCUUUCGCUCGUUUCCAAGAUCACGUCGGAAUUGCAAAACCAUCUAGGCGUUAGCGAAAAAACACUGGCCGAGUUCCUCAUCGCCCAGCGCCUCGAAUGCGAUUCUCUCGAUGGCUUCAAGGCCAAGCUGGCCUCGGUCGGUGCCAGCGAUUUCCCGCCGAGUUUGGUCGAUAGCAUAGACAGGCUAGUCAGGACUAUGCAUCCAAAGUUCAAAGGACAACAGAACCGAACCAACGACGACAGCAGCCAGCGCCAUGAUCGAUCCGCUGAAGAGACUACCAAGGUCUUCAAAGGGCUUGCGAUUCCCGACAAGGAGGUAGAAGUGGAAGCUAUCGAUGACACAUUCGCCAUUCUCGAGAGCCUUGCGCCAAAACCAUCGAAUGGCAAUAAAGAAAGACCGCCGAGGAAACGAAGCAGAACACCAGAUGACCGCCGCGAGGACUCGAGACGAAAACGCAAGGACAGGUACAGGUCACGAUCCAGAUCCCGAUCGAGGUCUCCACAACGAGGACGUCAGAGAAAUGACCGCUACCGAGACGACGACGAUUCGUAUCGACGGCCACCUCCCCGCGAUCUCGACGAUACUCCACAGCUCAACAAGGUGUACGACGGUCAUGUCACAGGUGUAAAGGACUUUGGCGCUUUUGUCAACAUUCAUGGUGUGAAGGGGAAGGUUGACGGCUUGGUGCACAUCUCGGCGUUUGGUCAGCGAGUCAACCACCCAGAAGAUGUCGUGACGCGAGGGCAAAAUGUCAAGGUCAAAGUUGUCAAGAUUGAGGGCAACAGGGUAGGCUUGUCAAUGAAGGAUAUCGACCAGGAGACAGGCGUGGAUAUGGCACCCCAAAUAAGGAUGGGAUCAGGUGCCAAUAUGAUGGCUCUGGGUGGUGGACCAACAGGAGGAAACGACCCGACAGGUUCGUUCAUGGCGACUGCUAUUGCCCGGCAGCAGAAGAAGAGAAUGACCUCGCCUGAAAGAUGGGAGAUUCGACAAAUGAUUGCUGCUGGAAUCGCAAAGGCCUCAGACUACCCAGAUUUGGAGGAAGAGUACAAGUCAACCCUUGACGGUACAGGGCAGAUGGAGUUGGAAGAGGACGUCGACAUCGAGAUACGUGACGAAGAACCCCCAUUUCUGGCCGGACAGACCAAACAGUCUCUCGAGCUAUCACCCAUCCGCGUUGUCAAGGCCCCAGAUGGCUCCAUGAAUCGUGCCGCUAUGGCCGGCACCAACCUUGCCAAGGAAAGAAAGGAGAUGAAGCAGCAGGAAGCCGAAGAACAGCAGCAAAAGACAAAGGUCGAUUUGUCCCAAUGGCAGGAUCCAAUGGCUAAUCCCGAGAACCGACAAUUUGCUAGCGACUUGCGACGGCGUGCCCAGGCAACCCAAGUAGAGUCUGAUUCUGUACCCGAAUGGAAGAGGGCCGUGGUGCCCAAGGAUCAGCCCACGGGCAAAAGGUCCGACAUGACCAUCAAGGAGCAGCGAGAGUCUUUGCCUGUCUUCGCUUUCAGGGAACAACUGAUCAACGCUGUCAGAGAGAACCAAGUUCUGAUUGUCGUUGGUGAGACUGGCUCCGGAAAAACCACUCAGCUUACCCAAUACCUGGCCGAGGCCGGCUUUACCAGCAAUGGCAUUAUUGGCUGCACGCAGCCUCGUCGUGUAGCUGCCGUUUCGGUUGCCAAGCGUGUCUCUGAGGAGGUUGGCUGUCGACUGGGUGAGGAGGUCGGGUACACAAUCAGAUUCGAGGAUGUAACCAGCCCGGCGACAAAGAUCAAGUACAUGACGGACGGCAUGUUGGAACGUGAGAUUUUGAUCGACCCUGAACUGCGGAGAUACUCAGUCAUCAUGUUGGACGAAGCACACGAGCGUACUAUUGCCACAGACGUUCUGUUUGCUUUGUUGAAGAAGACCAUGAAGAGCCGGAAGGACCUCAAGGUCAUCGUCACCAGUGCUACGUUGGAUGCCGAUAAAUUCAGCGAAUACUUCAAUGCCUGUCCCAUCUUUACCAUUCCAGGACGAACCUUCCCUGUCGAGAUUCUCUACUCUCGUGAACCGGAAUCUGAUUAUCUCGAUGCUGCGCUGACGACCGUCAUGCAAAUCCACUUGAGCGAACCCAUGGGUGAUAUUCUUCUUUUCUUGACAGGUCAAGAAGAGAUCGACACGUCCUGUGAGAUUUUGUUUGAACGCAUGAAAGCACUAGGACCGUCAGUGCCGGAACUCAUCAUUCUCCCUGUUUACUCUGCCCUUCCCAGCGAAAUGCAGAGCAGGAUUUUCGACCCUGCACCGCCUGGCAGCCGAAAGGUCGUCAUUGCUACCAAUAUUGCCGAAACGUCGAUUACGAUUGAUCAUAUUUACUAUGUCAUCGAUCCUGGUUUCGUCAAACAAAACGCCUAUGAUCCCAAACUCGGCAUGGACUCGCUCAUUGUCACCCCUAUCUCCCAAGCGCAGGCAAAUCAGCGAGCAGGUCGCGCCGGCCGCACAGGACCCGGCAAGUGCUUCCGGCUGUACACCGAAGCAGCCUACCAGUCCGAGAUGCUUCCGACGACUAUUCCCGAAAUCCAAAGACAAAACUUGUCCAACACUAUCCUCAUGCUCAAGGCCAUGGGAAUCAACGACCUUAUCCGGUUUGACUUUAUGGAUCCUCCACCCGUCAACACUAUGCUUACAGCCUUGGAGGAGCUUUAUGCCCUAGGAGCACUGGACGACGAAGGUCUGCUGACUCGCCUCGGGCGAAAAAUGGCCGACUUCCCCAUGGAGCCUUCUCUUUCCAAGGUCUUGAUCUCCUCAGUCGAUAAGGGUUGUUCGGAUGAAGUUGUGAGCAUUGUUGCCAUGCUCAACCUCACCACCAUCUUUUACCGGCCAAAAGACAAGCAAAACCAAGCGGACCAGAAGAAGGCCAAGUUCCACGACCCACACGGCGACCAUCUGACACUGUUGAACGUGUACAACUCGUGGAAGAAUCACGGCUUCUCUCCAACCUGGUGUCACGAGAACUUCAUUCAGGCCCGUUCGAUGCGCCGUGCCAAGGAUGUGCGGGAUCAGAUCGUCAAGAUCAUGAAUCGUCAUCGUCACCCCAUCGUCAGCUGUGGACGCGAGACAGACAGGGUCCGCCAAGCUCUCUGCAGCGGUUUCUUCCGCAACACAGCCCGCAAGGACCCUCAGGAGGGAUACAAGACAUUGACAGAAGGCACACCCGUGUACCUGCACCCGAGCUCGGCGCUGUUCGGGAAGCAGGCGGAAUGGGUGAUUUACCACACGUUAGUGCUCACCACCAGGGAGUACAUGCACUUCACCACGGCGAUUGAGCCCAAGUGGCUUAUUGACGCGGCGCCUACCUUCUUCAAGUUGGCACCAACAGACAAGCUGUCGAAGAGGAAGGCGGCAGAAAGGAUACAGCCGCUCCAUAACCGGUAUGGCGGGGAGGAUGAUUGGCGUCUCAGCACUCAGAAGAGAGGAGGCAGGGGUGGUGGUGGUGGUGGAACAUGGGGUUAGAUGGCGUUGGUUGUUAUUUGCAUCAUCAGUCUGGAGUUGGACAAGACAGCAUAUGCAUUCUAUUCGAGCGUUUGACUAGUUGGUAACCAAAAGAUACCCGUUAAAAUUCUUCAUUUUAAG